AUGAAGGUUUUCAUCGUCCUGUCCGCCGUGAUGGCAAUCGCCCUAUGCAACGUCGAGCCGGAAGCAAACAAGAAGGAUAAACGAGGAAUUGUCGAGCUGAACAACGGUUACGAGCAGUAUUACGAUGGACAUGAUCAAUACUACGGCAACGACUACCACCAUCAGGUGACGAACCAUGUUACGGUGACGAAGAAGGUCGCCGUCCCGUACCCGGUGGCCGUCGAGAAGCAGGUGCCGGUCGCUGUGAAGGUUCCGGUUCCGGUGCACGUAGAAAAGCAGGUCCCGGUCGUCGUGGAGAAGAAGGUCCCGGUGUACAUCGAGAAGAAGGUUCCGGUGCAUGUCGAUCGUCCGUAUCCCGUGCCGGUGAAGGUACCAGUGAAGGUCCCGGUUUAUCACAAGCAGGUGGUCGAGGUGGCCAAACCAUACCCGGUGCCGGUCGAGAAGCCAUACCCGGUGUACGUGAAGGAGCCACAGUACGUCCACAAGACGGUUUCGGCGCCGGUGUACGAACACGAGUCCACCGUCUACAGCAGCCCGGCGUUCAUUGUGUUCUCUAUGGCUCUGGCCCUUGCCAGCGCGGCGGCAGUCGACGAUUCGAAGAAGGAAAAACGCGGACUUUUCGAGCUGGAAUCGGCCCCUGAAUCUUACGAGUCCUACGACCAUCACUAUCAACCACUGAACUAUGGAUACACCAAGAAGGAGAUCAUCACGAAGAAGGUCCCGGUUCCGUACCCGGUGGAGGUCGAGAAACACGUCCCAGUCCCGGUGAAGGUCCCGUACCCGGUGAAGGUCGAGAAGGAGGUCCCGUACGUGGUUGAGAAGAAGGUCCCGGUGUACAUUGAGAAGAAGGUCCCGGUUCACGUCGAUCGCCCAUACCCGGUGGAAGUGAAGGUUCCAGUUGAGGUCCCAGUUUACAAGAAGGAAUACGUCGAGGUCCCGAAGCCGUACGCAGUUCAUGUUGAGAAGCCUUAUCCAGUGUACGUGAAGCAGCCCGUCUACGUCGAGAAGCAGGUUCCAGUGACCGUCCACAUCAAGGAGCACCACAAGAAACCAUUCUUUGGUUGA